AUGGACAGCGACAAUCGCGACGACCGUGACCAAGCCUGCAAUGAGUGUCGUCGGCGCAAGGCUCGCUGCGACAAGACACUCCCAGAGUGCGGGCCAUGCAGGAAGAACCGCCGUCACUGUCUCUAUGAGCGGCACAGCAGAACGCCCUUGACGCGCAAGUACCUGACCCAGGCUGGGCUGGCUUUCGAAGGUCCGCCGUCUGGUCUGGCCGACUACAGCUGGUCCGAGCAGACACUGGACAGCGGCCUCCCAGAGACGAACCCAGCCACGGGCGGGUCCAACGGCGAGGACGAAGGCGCGGCCGAUGGCAUGGCUUCUCUGACCGUGGACGACCACGAAGCGGGCUAUCUAGGCGUGGCCUCUGGCGCUGCCAUGUUACGGCUGCUCCUUCCUGAUGCGCAUGCUUCGUACAAAAAGGCAGUCUCCCAUCCGCCGCCUGCUGCCCCUGCGCCGAGUCUGUCGGAACACUGGCUGGACACGCCCUUGUGGGAUGCGCUUGACAUGGGCUCGGUCGAUCUGGACGCUGCCAUCAACGCCUACUUCGGCCUGUACCACAACUCGUACCCGCUCGUUGAAGAACACACGUUCAGGGCCCAAUACUCCCAAGUCAUACCCCGUCCGUCUGGGCGCAGCUGGCAUGCUCUGGCAUUCAUGAUAGCCGCCAUUGGCCACUUCACAGCUGCUACAACGCCUACCGACACCGAUCGGCGUCUCUUCAUGGCUGCCAAGUCCAACAUGUCGAUCGAGAGCCUGGAGAUGGGCAACAUCACUCUUGUACAGACGCUGACGCUCAUGUCCAAUUAUCUCCAAAAGCGUAACAAACCCAACAGUGGCUACAACUAUCUCGGCCUUGCUCUCCACAUGGCCAUGGGACUCGGCUUGCACAAGGAGUUCAAUGAUUGGGAUAUCUCGCCUUUGAACAUGGAGAUUCGUCGUCGCGUUUGGUGGUGCAUGUUCGUCUUCAACAUCGGGGCCGCCAUCACCUUUGGUCGUCCUUUGGCCUGGCCGAAUCGCAAUGUAGAGAUAUCGCUGCCGCUCAAUGUCAACGACCGAGCUCUUACUAACCUGUCUCGUUCGCUCCCCGAUGAAGUAGACAACAUCACAACCUUCAGUGCUCUCAUCAUGCAGUCCAAAUUCCACAUGUUGACAAACGAUAUCUACACGCGCGUCAUAUCCAUGCCGUUCCCUUCCGCCACGGAGCUCAUUCGAUUGGAUGACACGCUGAUCGGGAAAUGGGAAUCCUCUGUUCCACCGUGGUAUCGACAGACCUCACCGAUUCCUGCCAAGUUUGCGACUGGGCACGCGAUCAUGUGGUGGCGCCUGUAUAACUUCAGAAUCAUCAUGUAUCGUCCGUAUGUAAUGCGACGCGUUCUACAGGCAAGGGCACCGGAUACCAACAAUGGCAACGUCGUUCCACGCGCUGUUCAAGAAGCAUACAAUCGCUGCCUAAGGGACGCUGAGGCAAGCAUAUCCACCAUCAGUGAAUUCUGGGCAUCUACUCCACCGACGAGACUAGCUGCGUGGUAUGCCCUAUACUUUCUGUUCCAGGCCUCACUCAUACCUUGCGUGUGUCUUCGGAACGAACCAAACGCACCGUCAUCCGCUAGUUGGCGGUCCCAGGUUAAUCAGACGCUUCAUACCAUGCAACUUAUCUCAACGCUGAACCCCAGUGCACAAGAUUGCUACAAUGUCAUUCAACGACUUUGUGGGCCAUUUUUGCAACCGCAGAUCAACGACCACGCCGCCGGGUCCACUCCCGACAGCACCACGCUUGCGAGCUAUCCACCGCUGGAAUCCACGCAGGAAUCGCCGCAAACGCAGAUCAACAGCGUCUAUGCCAUGAUGUGGCCCAACGCAAACCCUGCCGACGUGGAUAUACUGAUGCAAGACGGCAUUUGGAACAACUUCUUUACCGGCAUGAGCGACCUACCGCAGCCGACAAUUCCUCAACCUGGGGAUGGUGGUGCAAAUCAAUUUCCGUGGGAUUGAGAUUCAUGUCCGCUCAAUUUUCCGUUAUCACACUAGACUCGCAUGACAGUUUGCGCAGCAGCUGUCUGAUGGCCGUAUGGCUUAUGUCGCAAAACCCUUCUGUGGCUCCGUGGGCAGGCGUCGGUUCUACCGCGACAAGCAGCCCAGUAGGAAUGAAAAGGCGAGACCCUCGUCGGUUCGAAGAGCAUUUUUUUUUUCGAAUGCAAGGCUCAGCAUUCGCGUUCGACAGCUUCUAGCCAUCAAGCAGAGGUGGCAAUGUCGGCGCCAAUAGACAUAACCAAGGACAGUCUUGUGAUGCAAAGCACGAUAAUACUGGGAGUCAAACUUACCUCUACUAGCUACACCGCGAAGUGAAAGACAAUUAG